UCUUCGCUGGGGGUCCGGGGAGGGUGGCAUCGGGAAGGGAGUUUGGAGUCUCCGCCUGGCUCAGAAGUUGCAGCUGGAGUCAGGACAGUUCAAUGAGGAUAUGAUCCCCACUGUGGGUUUCAACAUGCGCAAAAUCACCAAAGGGAAUGUGACCAUCAAGCUCUGGGACAUCGGGGGACAGCCCCGGUUCCGCAGCAUGUGGGAGCGCUACUGCCGAGGAGUGAGUGCCAUUGUGUACAUGGUGGACGCUGCUGACCAGGAGAAGAUUGAGGCCUCCAAGAAUGAGUUGCACAACCUACUGGACAAACCCCAGCUGCAGGGCAUCCCGGUCUUAGUCCUGGGUAACAAGCGAGACCUUCCGGGAGCAUUGGAUGAGAAGGAGCUGAUUGAGAAAAUGAAUCUUUCUGCCAUCCAGGACCGAGAGAUCUGCUGCUACUCCAUCUCCUGCAAAGAAAAGGACAACAUUGACAUCACCCUACAGUGGCUUAUUCAACACUCAAAGUCACGGAGAAGCUGAGACCGCGGUCCUUCCCCCUCGGACCAGGGACCUGCUGUCAUCCAAACCCGAAGCCGAGCUCCCCGCCCACCCCGCCGUCCCCCCUAAGCCUGCCCCUCCUCACUCAGCGUGGGGAGGGGCCCUCUGGGGAUCCCAGAGUCCUGUUCUGCUGAGGUUUGAACUCCUGAUUUUAUUGUAAAAUAAACUGCUCCCAUUCUGGUCCCCUAA